UACCUACAUGAUAAUGAACUAGUUAGCCCUGUAAUCAGGAAGUAUGCAAAGUUUUGAAUCUUAGAAGAGAAAGUGAAAGCAAUAAUAAAGUGUCCUCCUUUCAAAUCUGCAGCAGCGUGAAUCAAGAUUAAAUCUAUCUAUUGAAACAUUGUUUGGAUCUUGGAUGGUGUAACUGGAGCCAAAGUGUGAUGAAGAACUAUGAGAUUUACCCUGAAUGUUAGCUUGUAUUCUAAAGAAUAGAUUUAAUAUUCCACUCUUCAGCAAUGAUUAAUUCACAGAGAAAACUAUUAUUUAAUAUUUACAUAGGAUUUUGCUGCUCAGAAGUAAUCCUGCCCAAACUAAGCAUUUGUUCUCAGUUCUCAGUAUCAUCUAGUUAUCAGUCCAGUGAGGACCCUGGGGCUUUUGCAGUAGCUACCAAUGGGGAGCCAUUUCCUUGGUAUCACCUAAGGCUCCCAAACAGUGUCAUUCCUCUCCACUAUGACCUUUUUGUCCACCCAAAUCUCACCUCUCUGGACUUUGUUGCAUCUGAGAUGAUUGAGAUUUUGGUCAGAGAUACCACCCAAUUUAUCAUCUUGCACUGCAAAGAUCUUGAAAUCAUGAAUGCCACCCUUCAGUCAGAGGAAGAUUUAAGAGAUAAGAAACCAGGGAAAAAGCUUCAUGUUUUGAGUUAUCCUGCUCAUGAACAAAUUGCACUGCUGGUUCCAGAGAAACUUAUGGCUGACCUGAGAUACUAUGUUGCUAUUGACUUUCAGGGAAAGUUAGCUAAUGGUUUUGAAGGGUUUUAUAAAAGCACCUACAGAACACUACAUGGUGAAACAAGAAUAAUUGCAGUAACAGAUUUUCAGCCAACCCAGGCACGUAUGGCUUUUCCUUGCUUUGAUGAACCAUUGUUCAAAGCCAACUUUUCAAUCAAGAUAAGAAGAGAGAGCAGACACAUCGCACUAUCCAACAUGCCAAAGGUUAAAACAAUUGAACUUCAAGGAGGCCUCUUAGAAGACCACUUUGCAACUACUGUGAAAAUGAGUACCUACCUUGUAGCCUAUAUAGUUUGUGAUUUCAACUCGGUGAGUGGUACAACUUCAUCAGGGGUCAAGGUGUCCAUCUAUGCAUCCCCAGACAAAUGGAAUCAAAUGCAUUAUGCUUUGCAAGCAUCACUGAAGCUACUUGAUUUUUAUGAAAAGUACUUUGAUAUCAACUAUCCACUCCCCAAAUUGGAUUUAGUUGCUAUUCCUGACUUUGGGCCUGGAGCCAUGGAAAAUUGGGGCCUUAUUACAUACAGAGAGACAUCAUUGCUCUUUGAUCCCAGAACCUCUUCUGUUUCUGAUAAAAUGUGGAUCACAAAAGUCAUAGCCCAUGAGCUAGCACACCAGUGGUUUGGCAACCUGGUUACAAUGGAAUGGUGGAAUGAUAUCUGGCUUAAUGAGGGUUUUGCAAAUUACAUGGAACUUAUCUCUGUCAAUGCUACAUAUCCAGAACUGCAAUUUGAUGACUACUUUUUCGAUGUGUGUUAUGCAGUAAUCACAAGAGAUUCAUUGAAUUCAUCUCGUCCCAUCUCCAAACCAGCAGAAACUCCUACUCAGAUACAGGAAAUGUUUGAUGCAGUUUCUUAUAACAAGGGAGCUUGCAUUUUGAAUAUGCUCAAGGAUUUCCUGGGUGAGGAGAAAUUCCAGGAAGGCAUAAUUCACUACUUAAAGAAGUUCAGCUAUAGAAAUGCUAAGAAUGAUGACUUGUGGGGCAGUCUGUCAAAUAGUUGUUUAGAAGGUGAUUUUACAUCUGGUGGAAUUUGUUAUUCUGACUCCCAGGUGAAAAGUGACACACUUGCUUUUCUUGAGGAAAAUAAGAUCAAAGAGAUGAUGACUACAUGGACUCUCCAGAAAGGAAUCCCCCUGGUGGUGGUUAAACAAGAUGGGUGUUCACUCAGCAUACAACAGGAGCGCUUUCUGGAGGGAGUUUUCAAAGAGGACCCUGAAUGGAGGGCCCUGCAGGAAAGGUUCCUGUGGCACAUCCCACUGACCUACUCUACGAGUUCCUCGAACACGAUCCAUAGACAUAUUCUAAAAUCAAAGACAGAUACUCUGGACUUAGCUGAAAAAACCACUUGGGUAAAAUUCAAUGUGGAUUCAAAUGGCUAUUACCUGGUUCACUAUGAAGGGCAUGGAUGGGACCAACUGAUUACUCAGCUGAACCAGAACCAUACGCUUCUCAGGCCUAAGGACAGAAUAGGUCUGAUUCACGAUGCCUUUCAGCUGGUUAGUGCAGGAAGGUUGACCUUGGACAAAGCCCUGAACCUGACUCGCUAUCUCCAACAUGAAACAAGCAGCCCUAUACUUCUUAAAGGUCUGAGUUAUUUAGAAUUGUUAUACCACAUGAUGGACAGAAGGAAUAUUUCAGACGUCUCUGAAAAUCUCAAGCGUUACCUUCUCUGGUAUUUUAAGCAAAUGAUUGACACACAAAGCUGGAGCGACGAGGGCUCAGCCUGGGACAGGAUGCUUCGCUCGGUGCUCCUGAGGCUGGCUUGUGAACUGGGCCAUGCUCCCUGCAUCCAGAAGGCCACUGAGCUCUUCUCCCAGUGGAUGGAAUCCAGUGGAAAGUUAAAUAUUCCAACAGAUGUUUUAAAGAUUGUAUAUUCUGUGGGUGCUCAGACAACAGCAGGAUGGAAUUACCUUUUAGAGCAAUAUGAACUGUCAGUUUCAAGUGCUGAAAAAAACAAAAUUCUGUAUGCAUUAUCAACGAGCAGGCAUCAGGAAAAGCUGGUAAAGUUAAUUGAGCUUGGAAUGGAAGGAAAGGUUAUCAAGACACAAGACUUGGCAGCUCUCAUUCAUGCAAUUGCCAGAAAUCCAAAGGGUCAGCAGUUAGCCUGGAAUUUUGUAAGAGCAAAUUGGACUGAUCUCCUAAAAAAAUUUGACUUGGGCUCAUUUGCCAUGAGAACCAUCAUCUCUAGCACAACAUCUUUCUUUUCUUCCAAGGAUGAGUUGCAAGAGGUAAAACAAUUCUUUGAAUCUCUUUCGGCCCAAGGAUCACAUCUGGAUAUUUUUCAAAUUGUUCUGGAAACCAUAACCAAAAAUAUUAAAUGGCUGGAGAAGAAUCUUCCCACUCUGAGGACCUGGCUACUAGUUAAUAUCUAAAUGGUCAACAGAAAGAGAACAGUAGAUGCAGGUUUCCUCUGCAUUAAGUAAGAAAAACAACUGCAAAGCUCAAGGCAGAGUUCUGGCUAUUUUAUCUAACCAGUAGAGAGUCUCAAAAAAAUCAAAGGGGAAUGAAGGGAAGGGAAGGGGGAUGGAAAUAGGAAAGACAAUAGAAAGAAUCAGAUGUAACUUUUUUUUUUGCUCAUAUAUAAAUAUACAACUAGUGUAAUUCCACAUCAUAUUCAACCACAAGAAUGGGAUCCUAGUUGAAAUUGGUUGCCCUCCACGGAUGCUUAAGGACACAACUGUCAUUUUUUAGACUUGAUGUUGCCUUCUCCACUGCCCUACACUGGGCCACUGUUUUGUUGCUUUAAUGUUGUUAUUUUAAAAUUUUUAACCUUGCUCAAUGUCCUGGAGUUUACCCAACCAGUUUUACCUCCAAGGAAAGAGCUAAACCAUUAAAAAAAUAAAGAUCUCACUCUCCCCAUCUUCAACUCAGCCUCAAUUAGUUCAUUUAAUUUUUACCAUUCAUGGAAAAUCUGAUAUAAACUUGAAGGGUAAACAUCAAGAAUCCAUUCUUUAUCACCAAAUCUUAGAUUAUUAGAAAGGGAAUGUGGCAGUUUAUCAAAGAAACCAGUGGGCCUCCUUUGUCUUAAACCUUACCUUUGUGCAAAGCCUCAAGGGUUGACUUUUUUUUUUUUUUUUUGGUACCCUGUAUUGAACCCAGUGGUGCUUAACCACAGCUCCAGCUCUCCUCCCCAUCUUUGUUUAAAAAACAUUUCAUUUAGAGACAAGGUCUCUCUGGCUUGCAUAGGGCCUCGCUAAAUUGCUGAGGCUGGCUUGAACUUUCAAUCCUUCUGCUUUAGCCUCCUGAGCCACUGGGAUUACAGGCAUGUGCCACUGUACCUGGCAAAGGCUGACUUUUGAAGUCACAUUUAAUGAAGUGGUAUGUGCAAUCACAGAGGCACCAGAGAGAAGAUACCAGGUUACUGCAGUACAUGUACUUGCAUUUUUAAUAAAUCUUUUGAAAAUUACAGAAUUAUAUUGUAUAUUUUGAAUUAAGGUGUACAUAUUUGAAUUAAAUCACAGUUUAAUGUAAAUAUUUAAAGGAUCAUCAUAUAUUAUAACCAGUUUUAUCAUAUCUUCAUAUUUUAAGGAAAGCUCUUCAUCUGAUACGUGCUGCUUCAUGCUUCUCAAUUUUUUUAAUAAGGUAGUAUCAAAACAAAAGAAAGAAGGUAGAACAAAAGUAAAAUAAAUAAUACACCACUCUACACACAGGUAGUAAACUUAAUAAAUUCAUGAUUACAUGAAUCAGUAUCAAAAUACAAAAUAUUCUACAAAGACUUGAAUCAAUAUAUAUCAUACUGACUUAUUUGGAUGAUUAGGGGGAGCUGGGGAUACAGGGCAGGAAGGAAGAGGGAUAUCCAGUUCAUUUCAAAUGAUACCAUAUAAGUUGAUUAUGCAUCCAUAGACCUUUCUUUGGUGCUCAGAUAAGACAGUUUCCAUUGGCCAUCACAUGCCCCAAUAUAUGUUGUUUUGUCUUUUGUUUUCAAAUCAUUUCUUGGAGUCAUGGGAGCAUCUUUGACUCUGUAUUUGAACUUGUCCUCUGCCUACCCUGAAUUUUAUAACACCUAAAUAAAUACCUCUAGAAUUUUGUCUAUAUUAGCAUAAGGAAAAUGUAUAGAAUAUUUUUUUCACUAAGACAUUAUGUAAGUUAAUCAGUAAAUGUGUAGAGCUUUGGUGAAACUGUGCCAUCAAUAAUGUUUCCAUAAACAUAUGUUUCUUUUAUGUAUAGUAAUUUUACUAUAAAUUUUCAAGUUUUUUAUUCUUUUCCUCUUAAUACUUUACUUAAAUACAAUAUGGAAUGCAAUUUCUAAGCUUCUCAAGAAUCAUGUAUAGAAAAUAGUAACUUCAUUAUUUCAUCUAUGAGUAUUAUUGUGCCAAUAAUAUUUCUAUAAAUAUUAGUUUUUAAAAAUAAAUGUGUGUUACUUA